AUGGCUUCCAAUGGAUCAGAGUCGCCUAGUAAAACAAAACGCUCUCGCGCAGAUAUGGAGGCAGGGGACCAGGAUAUGAAAGAGCCUGUCGCGCAAGCCAAUGCUGACGACUCUUCCUCUGACGAUGACGACUUCGGCCCUGCACUCCCCUCGUCCGCGCCCAAGAAGAAGAAGCGUAGGCUCCCCUACGAGAAACUCUAUGUUGCUGCGCUGCCUGCUGCCCAACGCUACAGCAAAUCGCUGAUGCACCGCGACCAAUUGUGCUUCACCACCUUCACACCGUAUACCGACUUCCUCAUAACCAGCUCUAUCGACGGCGUGGUCAAGUUCUGGAAGAAAGACUUUGGAGGCAUAGAGUUUGUGAAAGAGUUCCGGGCGCAUACGGGCGAGAUACGGUCGGUCAACGUCAGCGCAGAUGGACGCAGUUUUGCCACGGCUGGGUCAGACAACACAGUCAAGAUCUUUGAUGUGGUCACGUUCGACCUGCUGGCUAUGCUGAGCUUGGAUUACAGCCCCAAGGCGGUAUGCUGGGUUCACGGUCGCGGCGCAAGCUUCCCACAGCUGGCCGUAAGUUCAGAAGACAAUGCUUGGAUACGGAUAUACGACGGUCGGGGCGAGAACCUGGAACCACUGCAUACCUUGAAGAGCAUACACCGGGCACCUGUAAGCCUCAUGGCAUACAACAACGCAUACGACUGCGUGGUCAGCGUGGAUCAGGGCGGCAUGGUAGAAUACUGGCAGCCGUCAGGCAAUUUCUCAAAGCCCGAUAACGUCUUCUCCAUGAAGUCCUCAACAAACCUCUUCGACUUCAAAAAAGCAAAAUGCGUACCCUCGACCCUCACCAUUUCGCCAACCGGCCACCAAUUCGCAACCCUCUCCUUCCCCGACCGCAAGAUCCGCAUCUUCGACUUCGCAAGCGCAAAACUCCACCGCACAUAUGAUGAAUCCAUCGAAACCAUCACAUCCAUGCAGCAAGCCGGCACCGCGGUCCAAGUGCUUGAAGACAUGGAAUUCGGGCGCCGCCUGGGCAUCGAGCGCGAACUCGACACGCCGCAACUGCGCACGCGGCAAAACAUCAUCUUCGACGAGACAGGCAACUUCAUCCUCUACGGCUCCAUGUACGGCGUCAAAGUGCUCAACACGCUGACCAACAAGCUCGUCAAACUGUACGGGCGCGAAGAGCCGCUGCGCUCACUAUGGCUAAGUCUGUACCAAGGCCAACCCGACAAAAAGCGCGUGACAACCGUCGAAAUGGCGGCGUCAGAAAACCCCCUACUGCAAGAAGCCGAGGCCAGAGACGCCAUGCUGGUCAGCACCGGCAGCGGCAAAGUGCGCUUCUACAUGUACACCAACGAAACCAACACAUCCAAGGAUCGCGACGUGCAGAACGAAAAACCGCUCUCAGCCACACGCACGAAGAAAGACAGCGAAUCCGCACAAGCCGCCACGGGCAGCACAGCCAUCCUACACACGACCUACGGCGACAUAACCCUGCGGCUGUUCCCCGACGCAGCGCCCAAAGCGGUCGAGAACUUUGUCACGCACAGCCGCAACGGAUACUACAACAACGUGAUUUUCCACCGCGUGAUCCGCAAAUUCAUGAUCCAGACGGGCGACCCCCUCGGCGACGGGACAGGCGGCGAGAGCAUCUGGGGCAAAGACUUUGCCGACGAGAUCAGCGUGCUGAAGCACGACAAACCAUACACCCUGUCCAUGGCCAACGCGGGGCCGGGAACCAACGCGUCGCAGUUCUUCAUCACCACGGAGAAGACGCCCUGGCUCGAUGGCAAACACACCAUCUUCGGCCGCGCGGUGCAGGGUAUGGAUGUCGUGCACAAGAUCGAGAACGCUAAAUGCUACAAGGAGAAGCCCGAGGACGAUAUCAAGAUCAUCAGCAUCAGCAUUUCGUAG